GGUUGUCGUCGCCGUCGCCGCCGCCGCCUCAGCAGCAGUAACCGAAGUCAACGCCGCCGCUGCCGCCUCCCGGGUUGCCGGCCGUCCGCGCGCUGGCUCGGCCGGGACCCACAGCCAUGGAGGACUUCAUCGUGAUCUCGGACGACAGCGGCUCCGAGAGCUCCGGGGGGACCCGCUCGGGCCGGGCGCGGAGGCUCCGCCGGGCCCUGUCCCGGACCACCGGCGCGCUGCCCCGCCGGACCGUGGACUUCAUUGACUUAACUAGAGAAACCAGACCAAGGGCAAAGGAUCGCAAUGGACUCUGUGUGAUUGACCUAACAGGAUCUGAGGAAGAAAAUAGACCUAUUGCCACUCUUGACUUGACUCUAGAACCCGUUGCUCCUUCCCAGAAAGAGCCAGCCAGUCUUCAAGCAUGUGCCAGCCUCUCCAGCAAAGAGGUGAUGGAAGGGCGGGUAGACAGAAGCUCUCGGCCUGCAGCACGGAGAAUCAUUAACAGUGAUCCUGUGGAUUUGGACCUUUUGGAAGAAACUGCAUUUGAAGGUCCCCAGCCCCCUAUGUCCAUCAGUGGGGACUCUGUUUAUCCAGGAGAGCCGAAUUGUAGCUCAACCAUAUUCAAAGGUGACCUCGGCUUCUUGGCAAGCCUACAGCUAUCUUCAGAUAUUCACUCCCUCCCUGCAACAAGCAAUAAUGGUAGCCGUAGCAAUCAAAGGGCACCCUUGCCAUGCCCACAGCAAGAUGUGCCUUGCCCUCCACAAGCCUUGCCAUGCCCACUGAGAGCCUUGCCAUGCCCACUGCAAGCCUCACCGUGUCCACCACGAGCCUCCUCAUGCCCACCGCGAGCCUUGUCAUGCCCAUCACAAACCAUGCAGUGCCAACUACAAACUUUGCCUCACCCACCUCAAGAAGGGCCAUGCCCUCCUCAAGAUGUGCCAUGCCCUCAGAAUGUGCCAUGUGCUCAGCAGAAUAUGCCAAGUCCACCUCAAGACUCAUCAUGGCAACUUCAACACUCACAAAGCCCACCUCAAGACUCACUGGGCCUACUUCAAGAUGUACCAGGCCCACCUCAAAACAUAACGUAUCCACAAGAUGUGGCACACCUGCAAGACAUGCCACAGUCACCAGGAGAUAUGCUACAAUCAUCAGGAGACAUGCCACAAUCACCAGGAGACAUGCCCCAGUCAGCAAGAGAUGUGCCACAGUCACCAGCUGAUGUCCUACAGUCACCAGCAGAUGUGUCACAGUCACCAGCCAAUGUACCACAGUCACCAAGAGACAUGCCACCGUCACCAGGAAGUGUACCACAUUCACCUGGAGAAGUCCCACACUUAUCAGGAGAUGUGCUACAUUCACCUGGGGACAUGUCGUGCUUGCCAGAAGACAUGCCACACACACUUAGAGACUUGCCUCAUUUACCAAAACUCAGGCCUGACUCUCCACAAAAUGAUGUACAGAACCAUGACACCCCUAUGGAUGUCUCAGCUCCAUCCUCUCCAAGCUGCUCUCCCAGCCCACAGUCUGAAACUUCCUUAGAGAAAGUUCCUUGGCUCUCUGUCACAGAAACUCCAGCCAGAAAAGAGAUAUCACUGUCAGAGCCUGUCAACCCCAGAUCUGCCCAGGUGCAAGCACGAACACCACAAGGUGGGUUGUGCAACAGACCAUGCCUGCAUAGACUGAAGUACUUCUUACGACCUCCGGUGCAUCACCUCUUCUUCCAGACACUAAUACCAGAUAAAGACACAAGAGAGAACAAGGGUCAAAAAUUAGAACCUAUCCCUCAUCGAAGACUAAGGAUGGUAGCAAACACCAUUGAAGAAAACUUUCCCCUGGGGACUGUGCAGUUUUUGAUGGACUUUGUGUCACCCCAGCAUUACCCACCCAGGGAAAUUGUGGCUCACAUCAUCCAGAAAAUCCUGCUCAGUGGCUCUGAGACUGUGGAUGUUCUAAAGGAGGCCUACAUGCUUCUCAUGAAAAUUCAACAGCUACAUCCAGCUAAUGCCAAGACGGUGGAGUGGGACUGGAAGCUGCUCACUUAUGUCAUGGAGGAAGAGGGACAAAAUCUGCCCGGGCGAGUCCUUUUUCUACGUUAUGUAGUACAAACCCUGGAAGAUGAUUUCCAACAGAUCCUGAGGAAGCAGCGACAGCACCUGCAGCAAUCUAUUGCAAGCACUGUGCUAUCCUGUGACAAGCAACCCCACAAUGUCAGGGAUGUCAUCAAGUGGUUGGUCAAAGCAGUAACUGAAGACAGAUUAACUCAGUCCCCAAAGGAGAAUCAAACCUCUCCAGGAACAGGAAUCUUGAAGGCCAGCAGUAGCCACCCUUCUCCCCAACCUAACCUCACAAAGAACACCAAUCAGCUGAUUGUAUGCCAGCUGCAGAGGAUGCUGUCCAUAGCCGUAGAGGUGGAUAGGACCCCCACAUGCAGCUCCAAUAAAAUUGCUGAAAUGAUGUUUGGGUUUGUGCUGGACAUUCCUGAGAGGAGUCAGAGAGAGAUGUUCUUUACUACCAUGGAGAGCCACCUUCUGCGCUGCAAAGUGCUGGAAAUCAUAUUCCUCCACAGCUGUGAGACACCCACCCGCCUGCCCUUGUCUCUGGCCCAGGCCCUCUAUUUUCUGAACAAUUCCACAUCACUGCUCAAGUGUCAGUCGGAUAAAACCCAGUGGCAGACAUGGGAUGAACUGGUUGAGCAUCUACAGUUUCUGUUAUCCAGUUACCAACAUGUUUUAAGAGAGCACUUACGGAGUUCAGUGAUCGAUCGAAAAGACUUAAUAAUCAAAAGGAUUAAGCCCAAGCCCCAGCAAGGAGAUGACAUCACAGUGGUGGACGUGGAGAAACAGAUCGAGGCCUUCCGCAGCCGCCUGGUCCAGAUACUGGGGGAGCCGCUCGUCCCACAGCUCCAAGACAAGGUGCACCUGUUGAAGCUCCUGCUUUUCUAUGCCGCAGACCUGAACCCUGACGCAGACUCCUCUCCACAGGCCUGGAGCAGACCCUGAGGUCCUUCUAAGCACUGAACGCCAAGAAUACCUCCUGAACUCCAUCUCAAAUUACUUGGAAGUUCUAAAAGUAUAAAAAGUAGUUUAAAAUCUUAUAGGACCAAACCUAUCUUAUUUAUCUGUAGGCUAUAAUAACUUUCUGUUUAGUAAAUAUCUUUUUUUUUAUAAUCCUAUCCUAGCCUGUUCUCAGAUAUGGCUUAAAUAUAUAAGGUGUAUAUAUUUUUUAAUAAAUUAUUUAUCUAUACUUCUUUUGAAACAGGUAAUACUAUAUGCACUAUAUGUUUAACAUUUCAAGAUGUGAAAAAAGAAUCCGUGUGCUGAACAAAUUCUAGACAUCAAUGUUAUGUCAUUCAAGGUACUGACAACCUGUCUCGAAAGAGAAAGAGAUAUUUGUUUCUCCCUAAUGGAAAACAAACAUCCUAUAUUGGACCUGUGAUAUUGCCUAUGAAUUUGACUUUGUGGCCAGUCUGUCAAGAUCUAAUGCAAUGAAAGGGGUAAAAACAAAAGGAUUGAGUGUGUUACAAAAAAUCUGAUGUUAAAAGCAUACAUACAAUAAAAAAGCAAUGGUUUUUCAAAAUACCAAGUUUAUCACGCUUCGGUUUCAUGACUGCAAGCAGGCAGAAUGGAAUAACUACUCUUAACAGAACCAAAAAAAGUUCCAUCCACAUUUGAGAAAGUAGUAAGGAUUU